AUGCAGAUUUUUCACUUGGUAUUUGGCUGUACUUUACUCAAUAUUCUGAAGAUGAGCUUAUCAAAAAAAUUCAUUCAACAGCUUAUUGUGUUUGACAUUUUCGUCGCGCUGUCAGUCAACUAUGGUGUUGUGUUCAAUUCAGGGGUUGGUGAUGGGAAUAUCAAGUGCCUCCAAACAGAGAAAGAAGCUCUUCUUAGUUUCAAACAGGAGUUGUUAGACGUCUGUGGACGACUUUCCUCUUGGGGAAAUGAAGGAUUCAAUCAAGAUUGUGCACAUGGAGAGGUGUCCAUUGUGAUAAUCAAACCAGUAAUGUCAUCAGACUUGAUCUUCAUGGCCCCUCCGGUGGCAAUGCAUCCGUUUCCAUUGCACCGAGGCAUACCAGACUUUCUUGGUUCUCUGAGUAAGUUGGAAUACCUCAACUUAUCUUGUGUUGGUGAUGAUUUUACAAUAGUUCCUCCUAAUCUUGUCAAUCUUUCUAGCUUAAACACCCUUGAUUUGAGCUAUAAUGAUUUCUUAUCUGUGAAUAACCUCGAGUGGAUUUCACGUCUUCAUCAAUUGAGAUACCUUGCCAUAGGUUACGUUAAUAAUCUGAAUAAUUCUGUAUAUACCUGGCUGUUUAACUUAAGCAAUCUGACUCACCUUGAUCUCUCUGGUAAUGCUUUAUAUGGUCCAAUUCCUGAUGCUUUUUGGAAUAUGAAAUCCUUACAACACCUUGAUCUGUCUCGAAAUGAACUUGGAGGUGGCUUCUCUAGAUGCCUUGGAAACAGUAGUAAUUUGAAAUUGUUACGACUAUCUUCUAAUAAUUUAGAUGGACAGCUACCCGAGAUAAUGAAAAACUUGUCAUGCGUGUCAGAUUCUCUGGAGUACCUGAACCUAGAAGAGAAUCACAUUGGUGGUUCACGCACUGAUAUUGUUGCAAAAAUAGUGGGAUCAGUUCCUGAUCUUUUUCUGUUGUCUUCGUUGAGGGAAUUAUAUCUUUCACAUAAUCAGUUAACUGGUGUAACGGAGAGUAUUGGACGCGUUUCCAAACUUGAGAAGUUGUACCUUGAUUCCAAUCAGCUUGAAGGCACAAUAUCUGAAGCUCAUCUGUUCAAGCUUAAACAAUUACAUUGGAUACCCCCUUUUCAGUUGGAUCUCAAUCGUUUUACCCACUGCAAAUUGGGUCCUCAAUUCCCAAACUGGCUGCAGAAUCAGAACAACAUUUCCAAGCUUGAUUUUUCAGCCUCUGGAAUUUCGGAUGACGUUCCUAGUUGGUUCUGGGAGCAGUUUCCUGGGAUGAGCUUCUGA